AUGACCGCAUCAACGCCAAUGCUUCCAGAGACGCCGCACGCCGGACCCUCUCAGGCGACGGUCGAUGGAGCGCCUGCGACUCGUCGUCGAGUGCACAUUUCAGGUCUAUCCAGCACGCUAUCCGACGAAUUGCUCCUCUCCCGCUUCUCCACGCUGAGAGUGUGCGACUUUCAUCGACCAGCAGCAACAACAACAACAACAACAACAACAACAACAACAACAACAGCAACGCACGCGCUUCCCGGACCCAAAGCUUGGCUCACGCUCAUAGGUCCUGCAAAGGAGGUGGAGAGGAGCGCAAAUUCCUUGCACGGUGCGCUCUGGAAGGGCGGCAAGAUACGCGUAGGAACUGCAAAACCUGACGGUGCCCUCGCUCCACUACCUCGACCCGCCUCCACUUUGAGGCGCGAAGCAGCUCGGGCGGAAAAGAAGCAGGAAGCGCGCGAGAGGAGAUAUAAGCGACGUGCGAGGGAGGAAAAGGUGGAUAGGGUGGUGGAUUUGCAAAGCGUCAAGGAUGGCCAACAUUGGGUGAGCGUGAGCGUGUGAGCGUGCGUGCGCGGCACGUGUACCUUUUUGCUGACAUUUGCGGCUUCCCUCUAGGGCUGGCACAUUACCCCGGCAUCCCACCUCAUCCGCCCCAUGCACAUGCGUCCAUCUCAUCCCCUCCCUCCUCCAGCAGCGUCCAUGUCCAUGUCGAGCGGGCAGUCUAAACGCAGCAGCAGCAGCGCGGUCAAGCCUCUUGGCAGAGCGCGCAGACUGACCAUCGACCCGCGCAGGUACUCGCGCACGCAUCUAGCUGGCGAUCUGCUGGACUUUGAUGGCGGCGGCGGCGGCGGCAGCGGCGGCGGCGGCGGCGCGGCCGCAUGGGUGUGGGAUGAAGAGCAUGGCGCGUGGAGGGAUCAACAUGGAAGGGUGGAAGUCGUCGCCGCGUCUACUCCUGCCGAUCACGAUGGCGACGACGACGAUGAUGAUGAUGACGACGACGACGACGACGACGACGACGACGACUCCAUCUCAGAUCACCUCGCAGACGAUUCCAUCUCAGAUCAGCUCUUUGCGCCACAACGAUCCGUUUCGCCAUUGUUUGACGCGCCGCACGAUUCCAACGACGCGUUCUCAGAAGGCUACGAAGAGGACGCGGGCGGCAGCGUGUUGGAGGAGGAGCAUGAUGAAGAGGCGCAGAUGAAAAGGGUGCUUCGCGAGCUGUACGGCGAGGUCAAGCCCAGGCGAGAGGACGCGGGUGCGGGUGCGGGUGCAGCAGCAGCAGCGGAAGAGGAGAGCGACGAUGAGGAAGCGUUGCGGAGGUUAUUGUCUGCUGCGAGAGCAAAAGAAGAGCCUGAAUGCGCGCCUCGAUCCCGCUUAGACUAUAUAAAGCCAGAGAGCGGCGGCUCGAGCAGCGCGCAUGCAUUCACGCCAGUCGUCAGGUUCGAUCCGGGCACCAGUGCGGCGCGUUGCGAGGGCAAGGACGCGCACGAGGACGCGCACGAGGACGCGCACGAGGACGCGCACGAGGACGCGCACGAGGACGCGCACGAGGGCGAGGACGCGCACGAGGAUGCGCACUCGCGCUCGCACUCGCCGCCAGCGCUCCCGCCGGCACCGCAAACGGACGUGCAAAAGCUGACGGACAUGUUUAAACCUCAAGAGGCGGGUGAGUGGGCGCCGCCGCGCGAGGAAAGAGGCCCCAUGCACACACUGACACGCGUCGCCUCGCCUCGCCUCGCCUCGCCUCGCGUAAUGUCGAGCAGCUCCAAGCUUUUCCUUGGAUUUGGCAGAGGAGGAUCUCGAUUUGGACAUGACAUUCGAUCAUGGCGGCGACACAGACGGCGCGGACGAUGUGGACUCGACACUCGUCGUCGCGAAACAUACGCCUCGCGCCACCACCUCUUCGGACCUGUUUAAUCCGGAUCCGAAUCUGCCCUUCUUCUUUGCAGUCUCCAAAAAGGCCUCUUCCGCUGCAAGAGCUCGCGAUCCCCUUGUCCGGCUGACGACCCGUCUGAGCAGCAGCACGACUGCGUCGUCGAUUCGCGAAUUUGUGCGCCCGUCGUCGGAGAAGGAAGAGGAGGAGGAGAGGAUAAAGAGGUGGGAAAUGAGAAAGUCGGAGUUGACGCGCGAGUGGAAGAGGAGACAUCGAGAGGCUGUCAAGAAGCGCAAGCGGGGUUACGAGGGGUCGCGCCGCAGAGCUGCCGCUGCGGUGUGA